CAGAAGAAAAUUCAACGUAUUAAGAGAACAGAGCUUCACUCUCUGUACUAGGAGUAACCGCGCUCGCUACCGCCUUUCCCUCUCUUCCUGGAACCGCAGAGGCUCCCCUCAGAAGGCAGGCCCUUCCGUUGCCUGUAGGCGGGCCGGGCAAAGGAGCCCGGCUUUCAGGCGCUUCCCGCUCCCUCCGCACCGCAAGGGCCGGUUGUUGUUUCCGUCCUCGCACAGCUCUACCAACCAGGCGGGACGCCGCCAGCUCCCAUUAGCCUGGUGCCCGGUGACGUGAGCGCCUCGGGUGCACAAGGCCGGCCCCCCCCCGGCUCCUCCUCCUCCUCCGUCGCGAACCCGUCCCCUUCGGUGCCUGUCGCGCUGCCCGGCUGGCGGAAAGUGUACAGUACAUGGAUGGGAAAUUUCCGUGUGAGGACCGUGUGCCUUUCCCCCUGCUUCCAGGGUGGAUGGACGGUUUCCUCUCCUUUUAGUGCCUUCGGCUCCCAAAAGAAAAGGAGCGCCUCUCCCGGUCGGCUUCUUUGGGGUGACGCCGCUGUUGCCAGGCGCAGGUGUUCCCAGCUUGUCCUUAUGCAGGGAGCUCCGGUCUCCUCGUGAGUCAACUUCAAAGAAUAGUGGACAUGAGUCAUUCAAAUUUUCUGUGACCCUGUCAUGGCUUGUGUGGCAGGUCCCAGUACAAAUGAGUCCCCUUUUUUGGCAGACAGACAUGCUCGCCUUAUACUGGCCCAGAUCAACAAGAUGAGAUGUGGUCAGCACUUCUGUGACGUGCAGCUCCAAGUUGGAAAAGAUGUGUUUAAGGUCCACCGGCUGGUUUUGGCUGCAAGUAGCCCUUAUUUUGCAGCUCUGUUUGCAGGAGGGAUGAGAGAGUCUUCAAAGGAUGUUGUAGGGAUACUAGGUGUGGAUGCUGACAUCUUUCAGAUCCUCUUGGACUUUAUUUACACAGGCAUAGUCAAUAUUGGCGAGAAUAAUGUCCAGGAAUUGAUUGUGGCAGCAGACAUGUUCCAGCUUACAGAAGUGGUGGACCUUUGCUGUGAAUUUCUAAAGGGACAGAUAGAUCCUGUGAACUGCAUUGGGCUCUUCCAGUUCUCUGAGCAAAUUGCUUGCCAUGAUCUGCUCGAAUUUACAGAGAAUUACAUUCAUGCCCAUUUCCUGGACAUACACAAUGGAGAAGAAUUCCUAGCCCUGACAAAAGACCAGCUUAUUAAGAUUUUGCGAAGUGAAGAGCUGAGCAUAGAAGAUGAGUACCAAGUUUUCACAGCUGCAAUGCAGUGGAUUCUGAAGGAUGUUGGGAAGAGAAAGAAAUAUGUCGUGGAAAUACUGGAUACAGUUAGAUUUCCAUUGCUACCUCCGCAAAGACUCCUGAAGUACAUAGAAGGUGUUCCUGAUUUCAGUCUUAGAGUAGCUCUUCAAACUCUCUUGAAAGAAUACUGUGAAGUGUGCAAAUCUCCCAAAGAGAACAAGGUUAGCAGUUUCCUGCAGGCAACUAAAGCUCGUCCCCGGAGGAAAGCCAGGAAGUACCUUUAUGCAGUAGGUGGUUACACUCGCUUACAGGGAGGCCGUUGGAGUGACAGCAGAGCUCUCAGUUGUGUGGAGCGUUUUGAUACUUUCAGUCAGUACUGGACUACUGUGUCUUCCUUGCACCAGGCUCGCAGUGGGCUGGGAGUUGCAGUGGUAGGAGGCAUGGUCUAUGCAAUUGGAGGUGAAAAAGACUCCAUGAUUUUUGACUGUACCGAACGCUAUGAUCCUGUUACAAAGCAGUGGGCUGCUGUAGCUUCCAUGAAUCAUCCUCGCUGUGGAUUAGGAGUGUGUGCCUGUUACGGGACUAUCUAUGCUUUUGGAGGCUGGAUUGGAGCUGAGAUUGGAAACUCAAUUGAACGUUUUGAUCCUGAAGAAAAUAGCUGGGAAGUAGUAGGCAGCAUGGCUGUACCACGCUACAAUUUUGGGUGCUGUGAAAUGCAAGGUUUAAUUUAUGUUGUUGGGGGCAUUGGCGGUGAGGGAAUAGAACUGUGUUCUGUGGAAGUCUAUGACCCCAUAUCUAAGCGGUGGUCUGCCCUCCCUGAAAUGGGCACUCGAAGAGCAUAUCUAGGUGUGGCCACUCUGAACGACUGUAUCUAUGCUGUUGGAGGAUGUAAUGAAACUCAAGAUGCCCUUCCAACUGUGGAGAAAUACUCUUUUGAAGAGGAGAAAUGGGUGGAAGUUGCUUCGAUGAAGGCCCCAAGAGCUGGAGUAUGUGUUGUAGCUGUGAAUGGCCUCCUUUACACAAUAGGAGGCAGGACUGCAAGCUACGAUUCAGCUGCCCCAGUAACUUCAGAUACUGUGGAGGUUUAUAACCCACAUAUGGAUUCUUGGACAGAAAUUGCUAACAUGAUCACAAGCCGCUGUGAAGGAGGUGUGGCAGUGCUUUGAAAAGUACAGGAUUUUUUAAAAGCAAAGAAAAUUGAGUUGUGAAUAUAAUCAUUGAAGAGAUGGUAAGGAUUUGAAAGCCUUCUAAGAUAAUGUCUCUACAGAGAAGAAUUAUUUCCAAAAUAUGUACAAAUAUCCACAGCAGUUGCUAAUGACUGUGCUAAAAUGUUUACACUUCUGAUGCGUUCAUAAAUAAUUCUAGCAGCAGCAAUGUCUUUGAAUUUUAGCAGCUACCCUUCAUAUACGUGCUCUGGUAUUUUGUCAUUAAUAUAACAAAGUCAAAAUUAAAUUAGAAUUUGUUAUCCUCUAGGUAAAGAAAAGUGCAAGUUAUGUUAAACACACUGGUCAUCAAGGAGGAUCCUAAGUGACAUGGUUUUAUUGUCAAGUCUGUUGACCUUUUUUAAGAGCAGGCUUCUGCUUUGUAUUGCAUAAAUUGAUUUACUUGAGAAGGACAUAAAAAAUAAAAGCAGAGGUUUUGUUUAGAAACUUGUUUGGGAAUUUUGUUUUAGACAGUGAAUUUCUUAAGAAAUAGAAGACAGAACUUUUUAAAUUGAAACCUCCUUCCCACUGGAUAUGUAAGACAAAAAGAUUGGUAGUAUAUAUCUUAUUCUUUUUCCUUGCUUCCACGUGGAUAGCAAGAACCUAUUAUCAGUUUUGGGUGUACUGCUUAUACAGUAUAUUUAGUUCCUGCCACUUUUUUCUCCUAAAGGUCAUGGACAUUGUAUAGUAUCUGUUCAAUAUCAGAUAAGAGGGGGUUAAUUUCAAAGUUCUUUUUGCUGCUAAGGCUAAAGAAUAGCUUAAAAGAAAAAAAUGUAGAGAGGUCUGUAAAAUCCUUUAAUUCUAGCAGCAGAAAGAACACUGAAAGGACUUGCCUCAUAGCCGAUACUUUCCUGUUGAAGUGAACAAAUUGUAUAAAAUUAAAAUAAAUGAUUUUUAUAAUAAUUGAAGAAAGUUGGGAGAGGAAUGUGGCAGCAACAAAGGAUAGUGCUGUAUUCAGCUAUGUGCUUGAUGCAGCUAACAUGUUUUGUAGGUUACUCAACAGAGGCACCAUAUUUAUAACAGAGUGCUGUUAACGGCAACUGGAAAACAGCUGGCUACUGCCAAGAUUUUUGGUUUUGUUUUGGUUGUUUGAUUGGCCUAAUAAACAGAUUACUGUAACAUGGAGUUUGGAAUUUCUUAUACCGUCAGUUACUGCCCCCUUUUUGAUAGAAUGUUCAGAAGUCUUAUUUUCUUCCUAUGCUGGCUAAGUUUACUUGAAAGUAAUACUGAUUUAAAUGGAAUGGCCAGUAUCAUAUUGCUAGUCUCAGAAUCUGAUAUCACUGAAUCACUUACUGAACUGUAAAUCCAUUGAGUCCAUAGGCCUCCUCUUGUUGGGGUUAGGAAUAGGUUACUGAUCAAUGUGUUUUAAAUUAAAUAUGCUUAGAUUGCUUUGGUGAAAGGAAACUAUUUUCUAUUUUCUUGCAAGAUAGUGUAACAUGCUUGGAAGAGGUGCAAGGAAGAAGGAAAUACUUACUCAUACACGUACGGAGGAUAUUUUCCCUUUUGCAAGUAAAGUGCAGUGGGAAUGCUAGUUUGGUGUAGGUCACACAUGUUAUCUUGACACUCAUAUAAUAAAUAUGUACUGUAUGUUAUGUGGUAUCAGUCAAGAAUACAGACACAGUGGUAAGAAAAAUGCAGUUUCCAUUUUAUUCCCACUUUUAAGCUUGAACCUGAUUAAAUCCUCACAACUUUUUGUUUAAAGUGUUUAUUCUAGGGGUAUGUUCUUGUGUGUUCUUACAGCAAUUACUGGUAAGUGCAACAAAGAGGUCCAAUACUUUUAUUCACAUUGAUUAGAUUGUUUUUUCUUUUGGCAAAAACAAGAAUAUGACCAAUAUUUAGCACAAGAAAUUAAGCCACACUUAUAACAUUGAUUAACUUACACUGGAAGUGAUAAACUACAGUUUAAAUUACAAAGAGAAAAUGCUUAAAGGGUAUCCUUUGUACCAAUACAAUAUAUCAAAUAUAUAAUGAAAACACAUUGUUACAUAUACUACCCUGGGUCUUUUAAAAUGUCUAGAACUCAUGCACUAGCUUUUUGAUGACAUUUCCUCCAAAUGUCUCAUUGUUUUCCUUAAAACCUCAUGGCAAUUAUAAUUAGCAUUAGAGAUGGUUAACUGUCAAAGGUGAGUGACGUUUUUAAAGCCACUGCUGUUCUUAUAUUUCACCCCUCUAAUCCCAAUACAUAAGCCUCUUCACAAAGCACCAAGACCAAAUGAUUUUAAACAAUUUUAUCUAUUGGUAAGUAUGUCUUAAGGAAUGGUCUUAGUUGUGUUUACACAUAAAUAUCACGAAACUUAACUGAUAAGCAUGCAAGGAGUUGCAAUCUUAACACCAAAAUGUAGUCAUUCCUAGGAAUAAUUGAAUGUCACAGAACAUCUAUUGUAAAAUAACAAAAAUACAUGUUUUUUUCUGUUCAAAUAUGUAUAGCAAAUGCCUUGGAAGUACUCUAACAAAGGAGCUUUGAACAAUAACAAAGACAUUAUCUGACUUCCUGUAUCUUCUCACAAUCAUCCAUUAAAAUUGAUUGUAAUAAGAA